AUGACCAGUCCUAUCAAGACCGCCACCUUCACGGACAUGGAACCGAGGGCCGCCGUGAAGAAGAGCCGUGUUUUCCGAAGAUCAAGAGGAGGGUGUCGAAACUGCAAAUUACGAAAGAUCAAGUGUGACCAAGCCAAGCCCCAGUGCCGAUGUUGUCUAUCAUUUGGCGUCGUAUGUAACUAUGGUAUCAGUAUACCCGAUCUACUGCCUUCUAAGGAGGCGCACUCCCAGUGGUUUGGAACAACAUGUGACGCAAGACCGCGGGCAAAAGCCCCAAUUCCACCCCUGAAGCAACGUGUAUCUAGCCAAGUUGCGUCCAGGAACUCGGCCGUCUCCAUCGAAUUAGAUGCUGGAUCGAUGAGAACUAUAACUCGGUUUUACGAGGAACUGAAAGCGAGGUUUGAAUUUCCAACCAAGGAUGUUUUGCAAUUCACACGAAGUUAUCCCUUCUUGAUGCAUGCUACGCUAGCAUUAUCUCUCGCUUACGACCGUUCUCUUACCUCGGCAAGCAAACCCAACCAAGGUAGAACUGUACGCGAGAUGAAACACUUUCUCCAAUGCACGACCUUAUUUCAACGCCACUUGUGUGAAGGUAUCCAUCCAAUAGACCGGGAUCCCGUAUGGGCCACAGCGUCAUGGCUUAGCAUACUAUUGUUCCUUGCCAUCGACGGAAGCGACCCUUCCAAGGCAUGGCCAUUCAAAGGGUCCGAAACGGCAGAUCUGGACUGGCUACGCAUGGGAGAUACAAAAUGGAAGCUAUAUCAACUCACCAACCCGGAUCGGCCGGAGAGCAUCUUUCAUCCCCUCUCAAACCUUUAUUCACAGAUGCGCACAAGCAUCGCAGCCAGUGGAAUCGACACCAUCUCCCCAUCUCUAUAUAAAGUGUGCGGCCUCGACGGAUCCAGCCGACACGACACGAAUCCGUACUUCCAAGCGGCUCAGAUGGUGACUAACUUGAAGAACUUUGAGCCUUCGAACAUCCCGAUGCCCGCAGCCAUGUCAUUUAUCACACAUGGGCACCCCGAGUUCAAAGUUCUUCUGCUAAAGAAGGACCCCGUGGCCUUGUUGCUACUUGCCUUAUGGUACAGCAGGGUGAGGAAAUCUGUCUGGUGGAUCAAUCUUCGGGCUAUGACGGAGCUCGAGGCCAUUUGUUUGUAUCUACGGAAGUACUAUAGCCACGACGCUUUGAUCAUGGAACAUUUACCAUCAGAGUAUUGA